AUGCUUGUCAUCACAACUGAAAUUGGCGACAGAGAUGGAGAAGCGUCCAGUUACAAAAACCUAGGUGAUGUGUUUCGGUCGCUCGGGCAGUACAGCAAAGCUCAAGAAUACCUCGAAAAAGCACUUCUUAUCAUGUCAGAGAUUGGCCAUAGAAGAGGAGAGGCUUACUGUUACGGAGGCCUUGGAGGGUUGUUUCACUAUCUAGGGGAAAACGACAAGGCUAAAGAGUAUUUCGAAAAAGCGCUUGCCAUCACAGCUGAAAUUGGCCACAGAGACGGAGAGGCAGUCAACUACGGAGACUUAGGCAAUGUGUUUCAAUCGCUCGAGAAAUACGACAAGGCUGAAGAGUAUUUAGAAAAAGCGCUUGCCAUCACAACUGAAAUUGGCAACAGAAAAGGAGAGGCAGGCUGCUACAGAAACCUAGGUUGUCUGUAUGAUUCGCUCGGGAAAUACGACAAGGCUAAAGAGUAUCUCAACAAAGCGCUUGUCAUUACUACUGAAAUUGGUGAUAGGGAGGGAGAAGCAGCAAAUCUUGGAAACCUUGGAACAGUGUCUACAAUUCUCGGAGAAUUUGAAGCUUCGGAAGUAUGCUUAAAGAGAGCAUUAUCCAUAUCCAGAGAUAUUGGAGACAGAAGAAAAGAGUUACACAUUUUUCAGGCCUACGUUAUUUUGUAUUUAUCUCAAAAGAAAAUCAAAGACUCUCUUACGUGUCUUGGUCUAUGCAUUAAAAAGUAUGAGGAGUUGAGAUAUUUCUUGGGCGUCAAUGAUGAGUUCAAAACAUCAAUUCUGGAAAAUUCUGGAAUAUUUCCCUACAAGCUGCUUAGUAGUUUGCUUUGUGUCACCGGAAAUGUUCGUGAUGCUGUUUAUGGUGAGGAGUUCAGUCGGGCUAGAGGCCUAUCAGACUUGAUGGCAGAGAACUACUCGGUUGAAACGCACUUCUCUGCUAAUCCACAAUCUUGGUUUGGCAUCGACAAAAUUUUGAGAAAUCARCAAAACUGCACUUGUCUGUAUAUUUCUUACUUUGAAAAUAGGGUGCAUUUGUGGAUCUUGAAACCAAGUGGAGCCAUUUAUUUUAAACAAAUAUUAGUAGAAGACAUUCUCAUUCAGGCUGGGUUGCCCAAAGAUUUGCCUUUGGAUAACUUUUUGGCUGAUAAUUUCCGCAGUCUUGGUAUUUUGCCCAUUGAAGAGUGUGAAGAUCGGUCCUUAAAUAUGGUUGAAUCGCAACCUCUUUCCCCUGUACGAAAGAGCUCAGCAAGGUUCCGACUCGUGGAAGAGGACGAGCAAUUCAUCUCAAGUCUAUCUAUGUGUUACAAAACUUUUAUUGCUCCAGUUUAUGAUUUGCUUGAGGAGCCUGAAGUCAUUAUUGUUCCUGACCGCAGCUUGUACAAAGUUCCCUUUGCUGCCCUAAGUGAGAUUGAGGGAGCCGAAUAUCUCUCGGAGACGCAUAGGAUCCGGGUCAUUCCUUCUUUAACAACACUCAAGAUCAUUCAAGACAGUCCAGACGACUAUCACAGCCACAAUGGUGCGUUGAUAAUAGGUAAUCCCAAGGUUGAUUGGCUGCCGCCGUUGAAAGGUGCAAGAAAAGAAGCGGAAAUGGUCGGACGACUGGUUGGCGUUCCACCUCUGGUAGGAGAGGAAGCUACCAAGGAGGUCGUGCUUGACAAGAUAAGUUCAGUGAGCCUGAUACAUUUUGCUGCUCAUGGUAACGCCAAGAGGGGAGAAAUUGCCCUCGCCCCCAAUCCUACUCCCAACUGUCGAAACGCUAUCCCAUCACCGGAAGCUUAUAUGUUGACGAUGGCUGAUGUCUCACGAGUGAAAGUCAGAGCUAAACUGGUAGUACUUAGCUGUUGUCACAGUGGAAGCGGACAGGUAAGAGCCGAGGGAGUUAUAGGAAUUGCCCGUGCGUUCCUAGGAUCUGGUGCUCGCUCGGUGUUAGUUGCACUUUGGGCCAUUCCAGAUGCAGCAACAGAGAAGCUGAUGAGUCGUUUCUACGAACACCUAGUUGGUGGAAAAAGUGCCAGUGAAUCUCUUCAUCAGGCCAUGAAGUGGAUGAGAAAUAACGGCUUUACCAAAGUGUCUGAGUGGGCUUCGUUCACGCUGAUAGGAGAUGACGUGCAGUUUAAGUUUGGAAACUAGAGGUAAAAAUACCCCGACAGUUGAGAUAAUGAGAACGGAUCGAAGAAAAUAGAGAGCUAAAAGACUUUUAGAUGGAUAAAUUAAAUAGAAUAAUGAGAGAGGAGACUAUCCGUUAUUUCAGCUUGUAAUUAAGAAAGAGCAAUCUGAAAUUAACGAGAUAAAUUUCACGUUUUUUUUCCGGAAUAGAUUUUGGAAAUUAUUAUUGUUUUCAGCACAAAAAUUAUCUUGUCUGAUAUAAUUAGCAAGGAACGUUGUUGACAUAUGACUCUUAAGUGAAUUAAAUUGAAAUCCGUAAAUUAAAACAGUAGUUAAGGUAUCAAAACGAACCACUUGUGUUUUGUAAGGUUUUUUCUCAAAGCGUUUUGUUAGUUUUAGUUAACAGAACCUUAAAAAUUUGAUGAUGAUUUUGACAACGCAAUUUUUGCCAUAGGUGAAACAAAUUGCAUGGAUCCCAAAGUAGGACCGCAGCAAAAGUUUUUAAGGUUUAUCAAUUAUCAUCAUAACAUAGUGAAUGUUUGCUUGCUUUUAAUAAUUAUUGCAUUUGUAAAUGUUUCCACUGUCGUCUCAAUUUACUGCUCUACUAUUAAGUAACAACAUAACAAUUAACAUAUGUUCGUUGGCGUCUUUUACCAGCGCUUAAAUAGUGUCAUGCUCGAAGGUUUUUAGAUUUCCCAUGAAAGAUUGUAAUCACUUUUAAUGAGUUGUGGCAUAUUUAGUUGAUUUCGUAGAUCAAAGGAAAUAUUCAUUACUGUAAUAUUCUUAAUACGAAAACACGAUGGAUUUUGAUAACAGUUUUUAUAAUUUAAAAAUCCAACCUCUUUACAAAACGAUGCUAAUGUGUUCUCUACAUGUGCAUGUCCAUAACGUGUAAU